UCUGCGAGGAAACAGAGCUAUGCAGAGAUGCCAGCGUUGCCCCCUUUCUUCGUCUUACUCCUGUGCCUGCAUGGUAGCCUCUCGUGCCCACAGGGGUGUGACUGCCCUCCGGGGAGCGGGGUCGUGUGGUGCAACCAGAGACAGCUGAUGGCAAUCCCUUUUGACAUUCCGCCCGACACCCGCGUACUUUACUUGGACUCUAACUGGAUCACCCACGUGCCGAACGGUGCCUUCCGCGGCCUGACGCAGCUCCAAGAACUCCACCUUGCCGACAAUCUCAUUGCAAACAUUGCUCCGGGAGCUUUUCGGGGGUUGGGUGGCGGGUUGAGGCUACUGGACCUCUCGGGCAACCAGCUGCAAAGGAUGGAGGUGGCUCCCUUUGUCACGUUGGCAUGGGCCAGGCUCGAGCUGUAUGACAACCCUUGGCACUGCGAUUGUUCCUUGCAGGAACUGAUGGAGGCUCUUCCCUUGGAUGCGGAGACCGUGGACGACAUUGUGUGCGCCACGGCUCCGUGGGAGGAGCAUAUCGGCCAGCACCUGGCCCAUUUGCUCCACAGAGGUGUCAACUUCUGUGUCAGCCAGCAAAGGAAUACUGACCUGGCUAUGCUGCUCACCAUGUUUUGUUGGUUCACCGUCGUCAUCACUUACGUCAUCUAUUAUGUCCGGCGCAACCAAGCUGAAUCCAGGCGCCACCUAGAAUAUCUCAAAUCCCUGCCCGUGCCCAGCAAACAACUGAGCCCUGAGGAGGAGGUAGAAACAGACACACUCAGCACCAUCCUCUGA